CUAAAACGGAAAGGAAAAAAAACAAUGAUUCAGGAUAUUCCCACAGGAUGUGUUGGCUGAAACUGGAAAUGAAAGGUGUUGUAGAGCUCGCUGCAUGGAUAGUGAGGAGGAUGUGAGAGAACAACGGAUAUGUUCAGCGUUGUCAUCCGCAGAUACUAGGCUACAAAUUACAAUCAAGCACCAUGGGGGCUAGUUUCUGGCUUAUUUUGGUUGUUGUCAAUGACGUGGCUGCCUUCAUGCCUCCACAGCAAUCUUCACCAUGUGAAGUGGUCCAGAUGGAUGUUUUUUGCAAUGACAAGAAUUUAAGAAGCAUUCCUGACAAACUACCCCCUGGCAUUAAAAAACUUGAUCUUUCCCGGAAUCUGCUCCAGAAUCUCACACAGGAAGUCUUGGCUGUCUACACCAGCGUUCACCAUCUUAACCUUCAUUCCAACAAGAUUCAUUUCAUCCAACCAGGUAUCUUCAAGGCCCUUACCAAUCUUCAAGUCCUGGAUCUUUCACGGAAUAACCUGGAUGCUUUUGCUGCACUAAAAAAAGAUGUGGGGCGCCUGACCUCUGUGGAGAGCCUUGAUUUAUCUGACAAUGGGUUGUACACAGGCAUGAGCGACUAUUUUCUGCGAGAUGCACCAGCAUUGAUGAACUUAUCUCUAGAUGGCAACAGCCUCACAAAAAUAGACAAGAGCACUUUUGCUGGAUCUUCAGCACUCAAAAAAAUUAAUCUGCACAAUAAUGUAAUUCUGGAGAUUAAGGAGGGUGCAUUUGAAUCCUUGAGUAACCUCUCUGAACUGGACUUGUCUAUGAACUCUAUUACAUGCAUCACUGACUUUAAUCUCUCCCAACUUAAAUUGCUGAACCUCAGCAAAAACAGUCUGGAGCUCUUUCAAGCCAUUGAUAUAGACACAGAAUAUGAACUCCUUUACCUAGAUUUAAGGGAAAAUAAAAUACCUUACUUUCCCGUUCUUCCCAAGAUGAACAGGCUUAUGUACCUUGAUUUGUCUAGAAACCGUCUGAGAGGUGUUAAUAUUUCGGACACUGCUGAAGAGAGCUCAUUUAAAGAUCAGGAUGGAUUAAGUAAGAGCAUCAGUCAACAGGAUUUAUCACAGCUCCUUUACUUAGAUAUGAGCUUCAAUCAAAUAAGAUCUUUGCCAUCUUUUUUUUUCGAUCGCAUGAUGUUACUCGAGACACUCAAUAUUAGCAAUAAUUGUUUAGAGACCUUCAGUGUCGGUCAUGAAACCCCUUUAAAUUCAUUGAAAACCCUUGACCUCAGUUUUAACGCGAUGCAAAACCUCUCUUUCGAGCACAACACACUUCUCUCAUUAGAGAGUUUGUACUUACAAGGCAAUUAUUUGAGCUCAUUGGACUCAAGUAUAUUCUCCAGACUUCCUCACAUAAGAGAACUGCAUCUUCAGCAGAACUACCUAACAAUCUGCGAAUCUCAGCCUCAGGUUAGCCAUGGAUGUGUCUCAUUUGCUUCCAUGCCAACACUUCAGUAUUUGUCACUCUCUGUAAACAGCCUUGAGGUUGUGCCCCAGUAUGCAUUCUAUGGCAGUCCCCUACAGGUACUGGAUCUGGCAGGGAAUCCAGGCAUAUCUAUUCACAAGUAUGCAUUCUGGGGUUUAGAAACAUCACUGACUCUUCUGACUUUGAAGGAAAAUCAUCUUCAAAGCCUUAAUACUGACCUAUCUGUUUUAAUCAACCUCAGGUUUGUUGAUUUGUCCAUCAAUAGGUUAACAUCCCUUCCCUUGUUAAACAAAGACUCAUCGAUUGAAUUCCUGAAUCUACGAAACAACAGUCUGGUUACCCUAGAAUAUAACACAGUAGUUGUUUUGGAAGGCACGCUGAAAACUCUUUACGUCAGUUCAAAUCCCCUUAGCUGCUGCAGUAAUCCCAGGUUCCUCAACAUGGUUCAGGCAUCCAAUGUGAAGAUUCCUGAUCUCGCUAGUGUCACAUGUCUGGACUCAAAGAAUGUGGAGAUCAAUAUCGCUAAUGUGUUGCAGGACCACUGCAAGACACUGGACAGUAAAAGCUUGAACAUCCUCAUUGUUGUGGUCACCUCUGUGGGAUUGAUUGUGGUAUUAGUUGUAGCUUUUAAACUCUGUCACAUGAAGAGGAGGAGACAUAGCAGUAGCUUUAAGGCAUGAACUAUCACAACACUUCUGUCUGUAUUCAAGAGUAAGAGGGGUUCAUUGGAAAACAACUGCAUGAAAAAGGACACAAAUAUCUUACAUUUCACAGAUAUUUUCAACCACUGUGCACUGUGGACUGUAAAUACAACAUGAAGUGGAAAUCAUAUAUUUGUCAUUACAUGUGAUACUUUCAACUUUCAAAUGAAGGUUUUGUGAAUGUGCACUUUUUGUAUAACAACACUACAUAUUUUAAUGUUUUAAUAUUAUAUAGCACUUUAAUGAUUUUGUGAACAUGUGUUGAAGUUGUUCUGGAUUUGUGAAAUUAAUGAGAAUACCAGAAGAACAGGAAGUAGAAUAGUCAUUGUGCCCAUGUUUAAAUUUUAAUUUUUAAUAUAAGUGAAUGACUACAAUUCAAUAUACCAUGUAUGAAGGCAUUAGUUUUUGUUAUUUCUGUUUUUGAAACCCUACCACACACCAUAAAAUACCAAACUGUGAUAUAAUACAUUUUGUUUUAUUUACUUUCAAAGAACCAACUACACAGAUAGCUUAGAAUUUAGCUGAGGGAGUAUAUCCAGUGGAAUAAAGUUUGUUGGAACACCUGCACUUGUUUUUACAGCUUGCUGGCACGGCAGCUUCUUUUCCUGUUAUUGACUAAGCGCCACUAAAUGCUUUCUUAUGGUCUGAGUAGAACAAUAUGUGCUUUUGGGCGGUGCGUAGCAGUCAUUAGAGCAUUGGUAAAUAAUGCAUUUCUAUCAGUUACUGAAAAAGGUAAUGGAAUGGUAAUCCUCAUAAAUUAGAUGGUCAUUAGAUAUUUUCAACAUGGAAUAUUCUAAUUUGUUUAAAAUGACACUUGCACAUGACUGUUUUGUAGGCUACUUAACUGUACAUAAGACAAAUCUUAACAGUUAUAAUCAAAACAAGUAGCCAUACACUACUGUUAUAGCCCAUACAAAGUCACAUUUUGUUCCGAGUAUUGCCAACAAUGUGUACAGUACAAUCUAAGAAGGUACUUUUUUUUACCUGGAUUCACAAGUGCAUUAAGAAUACAGCCCACUUCUCAAUUUGAUGUUUCCACUGAAGGCAUAUUAUGUCAUAACAGGACUCCGGUUAAAGGAACUCCUAUUAAAGGAAGACUGCUGUUAAAGGAAGUAUUUCACAUGAUCACUAGUGGGAGGAACUAUCUUGCUUUGUCCUGGUUCGUUCAUCCUCUUCUGCUUUUCUUUACAUGAUUGAACUCCAACUGAAACCACUAAAGGUCACAUCAUGAUGACAGUAAAGACUAUAAGUCAACAUUAAAGGGGUCAUAUUAUGCAAAA